AUGAAGAAUGGGAAGGCUUUAAAGUCAUGGAUUAAAAAUUGGAAAAAGAUGAAUGAUGGAGGGAUCAUACCUUCAUCUACAAGUUGUGAUAAGUGUUGUCAAUGGGCAUUCAGAUGGCCAUUAUCCAUCAAUGAAGAUGAAGCUUCUAUUCCAAGAGAUGUCCCAAAAGGUCAUUUGGUUGUUUAUGUAGGCAACAACCAAAGGAGGUUCGUCAUCAAUGUGAAAUUACUAAAACACCCUUUGUUCAACGCGUUGUUGGAUCAAGCCCGAGAAGAAUAUGAUUUCACUAAUGAUUCAAGACUCAGCAUUCCUUGUGAUGAGGAGAUGUUCUUGAGUGUAAUUCGGUGUGCCACAUCACCACAAGACCGAAGAAUCGGGAUGUGCCUUUGA